GGCGCUGCGGCAUCAUUCAUCUCGUCCACCGACCAACCUGGGUGCGCACCUCUCCGUGCCGGGAGCACCGCAGAGCCGCAGCCGGCGCCCCGAGCAGCUGCCGAAUCGUAAGAGGGGACGAUCAGCAUAAGGAGAGGUGUUCCAAAUUUUCUCAAAUUUAACAUUAGACCUGCCAAAUUAUAUUCAUAGAAAGAAUUCUUCCACAUCAAAACCUCCCGUCAUUUUCAGCACCUGUAAUUUUAAACACAGUUUUUCCACGGUCGAACGUCUCCAUAUCCAUAUAAAGCAAAAUGUCAGGCGUCAAAGAGAAGAAAUCUUGCAGCCAGAUUAUGGACGAAUGGAAAGCAUUUAUGUGGAAUCCUACCACCCAUGAAUUCAUGGGCAGGACGGCAACUAGCUGGGCUUUGAUCUUGCUCUUCUACAUAGUCUUCUACAGUUUUCUGACUGGUCUCUUCAGUCUUACAAUGUGGGUCAUGUUACAGACAUUAGAUCCAUAUGAGCCUACAUAUCAGGACAGACUGUCCAGUCCAGGAGUGAUGAUCCGCCCACAAUCAGAUUCCCUCAGCAUCGUUUUCACCACCAACAACACGGAGAGCUGGGAUGGCUACACCAAUGCACUGGAUACCUUCUUAGGAUCUUACAAUGACUCCGUACAGCUCGCCAACAAUGACAACUGUAUACCCGACCAGUACUUCUUGCAGGACGACAAUGGUGAUGUACGAAACAACCCCAAGAAGUCAUGCCAGUUUAAUCGGACAAUGCUGGAAAACUGCUCAGGGUUAAUAGAUCGCACCUACGGGUAUGCAGAAGGCAAGCCGUGUGUCAUCAUCAAAAUGAACCGGAUCAUCGGGUUUAAACCAGGAAAUGAUACCAAUCCUGCAUAUGUAUCCUGCACAGGAAUGAAUGAUGACUCGAGCAAAGUUGGUAACAUCGCUUACUACCCUGCUGGUGGCAUCUUCAAUAAGAUGUACUUCCCCUACUAUGGAAAGAUUACACAAGUAAACUACUCCCAGCCUCUGGUUGCCGUCAAGUUUUUGAAUCUGACACUAAACACUUUGAUCAACGUGGAAUGCAAAGUUGUGGCUUCAAAUGUUGCAACCAAUGAUGACCGAGACAAGUUUGCUGGUCGUGUCUACUUCUCAUUGCAAGUCAGCACGAGUCAAUAAGAGCAGCUAUAACCUCACCGGUACCAUCGCCCUUCCUCCCCUUCCCAUCUUUUUAACUGUCCGCUCACCUGUCCAUCCCCUUCCCCUUCUCCAGGGAAAUGGCGUGUCCUCACUCAUAUAUUUUGCACUGGACUUGCUGCUGUUUGGCAAGUGAGAACUGUGAAGGAAUAGUACCAACAGCUAAUAAGACACGACAGCUGGCAGCAUGCUGGGGGAUGGGAGGAGGGGAAGGGGGAGUGGUUGGGGGGUUGCCACUCGUCGAACUCACAGCCUAGUGGUGAUUUCCAGGAUAUUAUGGGAGGGCAUGUUCCCGUAUUAAAAUGAGAAGUAGACCCGAGUGAAAGAUGAAGACUUGAAUCACUGAAAUGGAAACUCUUGCUACUUCUGACAACCCCGCUGAUCACAAUCUCUACACCAGUUUCAGUCUCCCCAGCUGGUUAAACAACCAAUUGUUGGCUCAAAGGGAUGGUGGCCAUUAAGGUGACAAAGUUCUUCGGUGGCUUGUAAACCACUGCAAUGUUUAAUCCCCAUUCUUUCUUUCUUUCCUUCUCUAUCUCUCUCCUUCUUAUUUCUUUGACUUUUCUUCUGCUCACUAGCGGCCACCCCCAUCUGCCCAUGACCCCACCAUUUCUUCCCGCUGUCCUAUCUUGACUCUAAGUCCCUUUUUGGCCUUCUCUCUCUCCAGUGCACCUCUAAUUCAGUAAUAGCCUAGAUUCAGAAUUCUGUGGGAUGUGAUCCAAGGAAGAAAUCUGCGCUACUUUCAGGCUGUGGCACAUCCCUCUUUGGAGACCACUUGGGUGUCAUCUGUCUUGCUUAGCACUUUUAAAAAAAUUUGAAACGGCAGGGAAAUGUAGGAAGUGAGGAUCCUGAGUGCUCACCGGCUAAAGAUUUGUAUAAAUGGAAACAAUCCAUCUCUUGAGGUCAUGAGCCAAAGGUUAUGUUCUUUUAUGAAGAAUGCUCUAAUUUCUUUUCUGGGAUCGGAAUUUCCAGAAAGUGCAAUAUACAGAUGAUACUUGGCCCAACAAAGAUUUUAAGAAGCCCCCACCCACUAUUUACCCCUGCCCCCAUUAACCCCCCCACCAUAAAAAAGUGAAUCAGACAUCAUGGUCUUUUAAAGCUUGACUGACUUUAGAACAUUGGGUAGGAGGAUAUGAUGCAGCAUGAGAUCUCGGUGGCACACUUCAAUUCCAUUCAAGCCGCAUCCUCCAGUCAUGCCCAGCUAUCUAGAACGGGUGUCCCAAAAUUUAUUUUAUUUUCUUAAUGUUGCUGUCGCUUAAUGUUUUAUUUUCUUUUAAUGCCUCCAGCAUUUAUAUGUUACUAAGAAAUGCCUCAUUGAGUAGCUGUCUUAAGAAACAUAUACUAUUAACGGGGCAUGGAGGUCACCUUAUUUUCCAUGAGAGCUGCUGCUGGCUCUUUUUGUCAUUAGGAUGAUGAACUACAAAUGAUGUGAUUUGGAAAACCUGAGUGCACCUCUCUGCACGCUCCGCUGUUCUCUUGUCUCUUAGAUAACUGUUUUGCUUUUAUUUAUUUUUUUGUGCUUUAAUUACGAGAA